AUGUCCAUAAUCUGCGAUAUAUGUGGCGAUUCCAUUCCUCAAGAACGGACAUUCUACCACUGCUCGGUCUGCCGCAGCGGAGACUUCGCCAUCUGUGAGAGAUGCUACUCGGAGAACAAGCGAUGCGAGGAUGGCGACCAUGUCCUUCUACAUUGCAGGGUACAGGGCGACGCCGUUGUCGACGCCGAUACCCAGAACCUGAUCCGUUACUUCACCUAUAGCAGCUGCCCGGGUUGUUCUUGGGAGAAGAACGGGAAGCCUCAGGACGACGACAGUCCUUUUCAUUACGAGCCGUUUCCAAACGACUCGUACAUCAGAGUUAUUGAUCUCUUCCCAGGACCGGAUGACAAGCCUCUGCGAUACACUGUGCACUACACUCGACUAGAUUCGCUCUCGAGGGCUCAGUACAUAGCCAUCAGCUACGUCUGCGGUGAUGUGAGCAAAAAAGUACCUUCCUACUGCAAUGGCAAAAGACUCGACAUCUACGUGACCCUCGACAAAGCCCUGCGCAAAUGGAGGCGCAUUGAAAAGCAGAAUUGGCUUCGGAUUUGGGCAGAUGCCAUUUGCAUCCAACAAGACAACAAUCAGGAAAAGUCUGCCCAGGUCGCUAAUAUGCACGAAAUCUACCGCCAUGCGAACCAGGUGUUUGUUGAUCUCGGCGAUCCACCCGAAGGCGCUGAUGUCGCCAUGCAAAUGAUCAGAGAUGCAUCUAAGAGCUUUGAUGACCGCAACAAAUCUCUGGUGCAGCCGGACAAUGUUGCACUAGGUCCAAUUCAUUCGCAGCAGCUUCGGAAGACCGAGAUCACCAUGGACCAGGCCCUGGCAUUAACCCGGUUCUCUGAAAUGGCUUGGUUCAAGCGUCUUUGGGUGAUUCAAGAAGUCUGCCUAUGGGAUGUGUACCAGGCUUUUCCGCCGACAGUGCUCUGUGGUGACCACUCCAUCAAGUGGAUUGAUCUCGUCAGUUCAUCGACGCAGUUCGGCUUGGCUCCUCUGCAAAUCAUCGACGACCCCGCAGUUGUGACACCGGAACUCAGAGGCGCCUUUAUUGAGAGCACAGGCUGGAAUCCUGUACCGGUUGCCAUCUUCCUGGAGUACUAUAAGAUUAUAUCAAAGCAAGGCCCUGCUCAGAACCUCCACUGGUUUCUCCAUAGAUCGUGGUCGCAGGAAUCCACCAACCCGGCUGAUAAAGUCUAUGGACUACUUGGCCUCGUCAAAGACCAAUAUCACGUCGUUCAUUCGAGGGCAGCUGCCACAAACGUGCAGCCGGGUAGGCAUUUGAAAGACGUUGAUGGCAAAAGAGAAAUUCGAGUUGAUUACGACCUGCAGUUGCCACAGAUCUACGAGGACAUUGCACGACUUACCUUGGCAGAGGAAAACUCCCUGGACAUGCUCGCUGAUGCCGGUUGUGGCAAGUCACGGAAACAACCUGGUCUGCCUUCGUGGGUACCGGACUGGAGCAGCUACCCUAAAGAGCCAGCAUUGCUGUUGUCAUUCGGACUAGCAGCAACGGCCAACUACCGAGCUUCUUCAGGAACAAGACCAGUCCUACCUACGGCCUGCACUCCCGGAAUGCUCGAGGUUGAUGCAUACUUCGCCGACAGAGUGCUUAUGGAAGCUGCCCGAGCUGGUGGAGAGACCGACGUGGUCGAAGUAGCCGGGAAGGCCGAUCUACAGGCACAUCGCAUCAUCAGCAUGAAACAGCACCUCUUGAGUCUCUGGUGGUGUUUUGGAGUCAAAUUCAGCACCUACCCCACGGGACAACGCCCGUUCGAUGCCUUUUGGAGGACGCUGAUAGCAAACAGAGCUAUCUCAGGCCAACAACUUGCUGUCCCGCCAGCAGGAUUUGCCGAAAGCUUCCUCAUGGCGUAUCCUGAGAUUCUCGAGGUUGAGAUCAAGGACGAGAAGCCGGCGUGCAUCUGUCCUGAAUGGGCACUUGCGAACAACCAAAAGCACGUCAGUUCCAGCAACUCAGAUGAUAGCAGUACCGGUGGCCUCGAAGAAGGGAAAAGGCCCCUCCCUGCUCGAGAUAGGUAUCCCCGUCCGGGUGAAUUCUUCGGGAAUGAGCAGCCAGCUUAUGGAGAGCACUACAAUGUCGCCCUUCGACGAUCAGCCGUCGGUAGGCGAUUUUUCAGGACGCAGAAGGGCUAUAUGGGCAUAGGGCCAAAGAAUGUCACCAGAGGCGACCAUAUCGUCAUAUUGAAAGGAGGUUCGUUACCAUUUGUACUGAGGGAAUCGGAUGCCGGUGAUGUUGGUGGCACGCCAGCCUUUACCCUCCUUGGGGAAGCGUACGUGCACGGUCUUUCCGACGGAGAGAUAUUCCAAGACAGCAAGGAUCCCGAAAAUCACCCUAACUGGAAGAGGGUCAUACUGAGAUGA